AUGGAAGAGACGUUUAUCAAUGCUACCCUGAACUGGGAAAGCACUCUUGUGCUGUUCCCAGACUCGCUUUACAUCCCGCUUGGUGCGGUUAUUCUCUUGCUCACAGCUCUUUCAUCAUUAGCACCGCAAUAUUUCCAUAAAAAAAUCGGCCAAACAGCCAAACCGGAGGGGAAAAAAGAAAAUUCAAAACUCCCUCAGGGAAUGCCCACACCCACACCACUCAUGAUCACGCCUGACCAGGUGAAAAAUUAUGACGACAGACCAUGGAGACCUUUCCGGUGGCCGUACCAUCAGACCAUGUCCAUCUACAAACUCGAUGUGAACCAUUGGUUGGACAUGGAUAAAUACUACUGGCACUAUAUCGAAGAAAAGAAGCGUAUCUGGCACCAGUACGGGAAGGAGAAUAUCGACUGGCUCCCUGAGGCCUACGAUGCGUGCCAGGAAUUGAUGGAGACCGUUGCUGACCACAUGGUGGCCCGGUAUCCUUUGCUUUUUACGGUUUUGGUUGAUAAAAAGGAGAAUGGAAAAAUUGUUCGCAACGAAAUGACCAAGGAGAUCUUGGACAUGACUCUACCUUUGAAGGAACACCCGCUACUCUUUGUCACAAAAAUGGCCAAGGAGGACUUCUAUGUCGUGCUCAAGAACCCAAAGGACGGUAUGCAUUACUUAGUGGCUGCAGCUGUGCCUUUUCCCGGCGGGUCUUUUGGCAUUGAUCUGAAAAUCGGGAAGCAUCUUGAUGUGAUUCACGAUGACGUGCCAUACUACCAAGAGAAAUUGAAAAAGUCCAUGGAAAGAUGGUUUGAGCGGUUGGAGCCGAGCUCAUCGGUAGAAAGAGCCUCGUGGUACAUCACCUGGGACCACAAGCUCAGGGUCAACAACAUCUACCAGUUGCCGAAGUUUGUGCCCAAUUUAGAGGAAGACAUGAAGUCGACCGACCCCAAAGAAUUUAACGUGCGUGUCGAAAGACAGACGUUGAGGCGGUUGCCCAAGUCACAGGCCAUCAUCUUCACAAACCAUCCAAUUUUCUACUCAAUUGAGGAGAUGAAGGAUGAGCCCAAUGUGCCAUCGCUUCUUAAGAAAAUCAUCUUCGAAGCGCCUGAAAAAAUUAUCAAGUAUAAGAACUUUGAGUUUAUCAGAAACCAUAUUUCGGACUAUUUGGAUUCGUUGAUACAGGCACAGAAGGACAAGGGACUUAUUGAUGAUAACACGCCAGUCAAGACAUUACCAUCGUAUCCUUUCGCACACUGGGCCAACACUGACUUUAAUUAUGUGAAUGGCUGGUCCAAUCCUAAAUACUCCAGUGCCACCAAGCCAGAUUACCGGGCUGAUGUCAAGACUGAAAUGAAGUACGGGAAUGAGUGA